ACCGUGCUUCUAUAUCUAAUUAUAUCUAUAUACUCUUUUUUUUCCGACCAUCACAACUCAUCUCACCACCACUAUUACCUCCAUUUCACCGCUCAUUAUUAUAAGCUCCCCUACCACCUAACUCAUAUAAUUUUAUUAUUUUAUCUUUUACCAAUUCUGGAUUAAAUAAUAAUAAUAAUAUUAGAAGUCACACGGAUUUUACAUUCAUUGGCGCCAAUUUCAGUUAUUAUAUAAAUAAAAAUGGCGGAAGAAAAAGUAGAUAUAGAUGAAGAAAAGAAGAAUAAAAGAGGAGGAAGUAUUUGGUCAAGAGUAUGGAAUGGAAUAUUUAGGUUAAAAAAUAAUGGUGAUGAUUUUGAGAAACGCUUGAAAUAUAUAUCUAAAGAAGAAGCUACACUUUUAGCUCGAAUGAAAAGGCGAUCCUCUACUUGGCGAUCAACCGCCCGGAAUCUAAUCCUUUUCUCCGUUUUACUCGAGUUCGUGGUAUUGGCUUAUGCUAUAAUUACAACAAGAACGGUGGGCUUGGACUGGCAAAUGAGGGCAUUGCGAGUUCUACCUAUAUUUCUUUUGCCUGCUGUAUCAUCGCUUUUGUACUGGGCACUAUUUAGAUUCACAAGAAUGCGCGAUGGCAGGGAUCAGAAAACUUUAGAUAGGCUUCGGGCUGAAAGGCAAGCGAAAAUUGAUGAACUUAAAGAAAGAACUAAUUAUUAUACUACUCAGCAACUCAUUCAGAAAUAUGACCCUGACCCAGCUGCGAAGGCAGCUGCUGCAUCUGUACUUGCAUCCAAAUUGGGUGCAGAUUCAGGGCCUAAAGUGUUUCUAGGAGAUGAAUCGCCACAUUCUCCUGAAGCUACAGGGAAGAGCCAUGAUGUUGAGCCUUUGAAAUCAAGUGGUCUUAGGAAACGAAAUACAUCAGAAGCCACAUUUAAAGGAGGCAAUGACAUGGAAAUGCUUUCGUAUGUGGAAGAUGAGGUAUCUCCACAUGGUCAGGUUGUCGUUGAACAUCACAACCCUGCUGCUUUUGGAUCUCAAGAUGGGGGUUGGCUUGCUCGACUUGCUCAAUUGCUUGUAGGGGAGGACCCCUCACAAUCUUAUGCACUUAUAUGUGGCAAUUGCCAUAUGCAUAAUGGUCUUGCAAGGAAAGAGGAUUUCCCAUUCAUUACAUACUAUUGUCCCCGGUGUCAUGCUCUGAACAGACCAAGAAACUCAGUCCCCAGUUCUCCAAAUACCAAUACCCAUGUUGUUACGUCUCCAAAUACCACCACCCAUGCUGUUACAUCUCCAACAAUGGAAGGAUCGGAUGUUAGUUUGAUUAAACAAAAUAGCGGAUCAAUGAAAACAUCCCCUAUUAGCAGUCCCGUAGCAGAAGCCCUGUAUAUGAGUGAGAAAUUAUCUGCUACCAACAGUCUCGUAUCAGAAGUCGUACAUAUGAGUCAGAAAGUAUCUGCAACCAGCACUCCCGUGGCAGAUGACGUGCACAUGAGUGACAAAGUAUCUGCCUCUAGCAGUCUCACGGGUGAGAUGGAAGCAAGCGAGAAAAUAGUUGCUGUGUAGUAAAUAGGGUAUAAGUGGGGGUGCUCUCUCUUUUUUAGAGUUAUGUCCUUGUUAUGGGUGUCGUGGUGUGUGAAAGUGUUUGUAUUGAGGGUUUUAUUCUUUCUUUAUAUUAAUUUUUGUGAAUUUUGUAAGAUACAUCUUUGUGGGAGGACUUGGAGAGGAACAGAGGGCACUGUUGAUAUGCACGAGUCACACACGUGAAUCUAUUUUCUGUUAAUGGAUUGAUAUCACAAGUUUUGAGCAAA